UAUUUUGCAUAAAAGUAAACAAACCAAUAAAAUGCGGUUUUAGUAACAAAAUACAAAUAAAUAAUUACAAAUAUUUCAUAAAUUAGAAUAAAAAUUUACCAUGUUCAGAGUUAAUCCUCCUGUCCUCAAUAAAGUUUCAAAAUUUUCACAAAAAUGUGGCGAAAUAUUUUGUUGUAACAACUUUAAAGAAUUCUUUAUUUAUUGUGGGUUUUGUAAUUUAAGAUUGUUUGAUUUCAUGGAUUUCUGUGAACAUUUACUGGCUGAACAUUUUCGAAAUAAUCAGCUAGAAGAACAAAUAAUAACAGAAGAAGUUGGUGUGGCCAGAAAUGUUGAUAAUUUCGUAGAAGGGGAGUUAAAACUUAAGGAAGAACGGAUAUGGGCCAGUGAAAAUGAAAAAGAGUUUGAAAAUAUUAAUUUAAAAAAACAAACAAUAAUAGAAGAUGUAACUGAGGAGAUAAUAAACAGUAAUAUUAAUAAUUUACUUUCCGAGGAGAUAAAACUUAAGGAAGAAAGUAUAUUGGCCAGUGAUGAAGAAUUUCAAAAUAUUGAUUUAAAUAAUCAAACAAUAGUAAAUGAUAUUGAUGAGGAUGUAGCCGGAGAGGUGAAACUUAAGGUAGAGUGGAUAACGGCAAGUGACAAUGAAGAAGAAAAGGAGGUUGAGAGUGAAGAGGAUUUUGAAGAUUUUGACAGUAAUCUUCAGGAGGAAAGUACAGGUGAUGUUUCCCUGCUUAAAGUAUUACAAGUUGAGCCAGAACACAUAAAACGGAACAAAAAAAACGAAAGAAUAAAUGCAGAUGAAGCGUUAAACCCAAAUCUAAGUGAAGACCAAUCAACAGACGAAAAAAAUUGUGGCGAUAAAGACGUUUUAAAAACUACAAUAGAAAAACAGUAUAAAUGUACUGAAUGCUGGGAAAUUUUUCGCCUCAGGAAAAUGCUGCAAGAACAUGUUAACGUUAUACAUAAGGGUUACAAAUGCCCACAAUGCUCUAGACGAUUUCAACAUCAACGUGAACUUCGAAGACACCUAAAGUCACAUCCUAACGAAAUAAAAAUGCCCUGCCCUUACGAUAACUGCAGGCGCAGCUUUAAUAAAUUAGAAAAUCUUAAAUCUCAUUUGGAGUUACAUACAAUGGAGGCUACUUUUGUGUGUAAAGUUGAAAACUGUCAAAGAGCAUUUCCCACAGAGAAACGUUUAACAAAUCACCUGUAUUCACAUAAAAAACAUAAUGAAUGUGAUAUUUGUGGCUAUAGAUGUGCUGCUCCGUCGACUUUAAUAAUACACAAACGUACCCAUCUAGGUGAGAGACCUUUUCAAUGUGAGAGCUGUGAAAAACGUUUUAUUUCGUUAUCAGCCUUAAAGGGACAUGCAAGUAAUGUACAUAAUGAAACCAACACCAAAUUGCCUUGUCCUAGACAAAAUUGUGGACGAACAUUUACAAAUAGAAAAAAUCUUCUGCGUCACCUUGAGGUCCAUACCAUUGAACCCACUUUCGUUUGUGAUAUAGAGAAUUGUGGUAAAGCUUAUCCAACACAGGCACGCCUAAGAGUACACCGUUAUACACAUAAUAAACAGCAUGUUUGUGACAUUUGCGGCUAUAGAAAUUUUUGCGCCGCUACAUUAGUUGUACACAAGCGCAUCCACACCGGAGAGAAACCUUUUACUUGUACAGAAUGCUUAAAAAGUUUUAUAUCGAAAAAAGUAUUGCAGGAUCAUAUGCUGGUUCAUAUUAGCACACGCUCUGAGGUUUGUAUAAUUUGUCAAGCUACUUUUAAAAGUUUCGCACAUUUGCGCACGCAUAUACAGAGAGUACAUAGCGGAAAUAAAACUGGUAGAAUUAAAGCAAAAAUUAUACGUAUUGCUGAUAGCAAAGAUGAAUAUGCUGUUGAAAAGAUUCCAACAGUAAAUGCCACUAAAAAGUUUAUCAAAUGCCCGGAAUGUUUUAAACCUUUUCAACGCGCCAAAUGUUUAGAUAAACAUAUGAAACAAUUUCAUGAAUCUUAAGAUCUAUCAUCCUUCGUUAAAAACUGAAUUGUAUUUAUGUUAAUGAAAUAUGCAGGAAGCACUAAGUUUACAUCAUGGAAAUAUGAUAAUUGAAACAUGUACAUACAUAUUU